AUGGCCACCAAGGAGCUUACCUUCCAGGACGUUGCCGAGCACAACACCAAGAAGGACCUUUACAUUGUGGUUCACGAUGUCAUUUACGAUGCCACCAAGUUUGUGGAUGAGCAUCCCGGCGGCGAAGAGGUUCUCCUAGAUGUUGCCGGUCAGGAUGCUACUGAGGCGUUCGAAGAUGUUGGUCACAGUGACGAGGCCCGCGAGACACUGGAGCAGCUCAAGGUCGGCACUCUGAAGCGCAAUCCUGGCGACCCGAAGCCCAAGUCCGCCACUACCGGCGCCGUGGCUGCCGCUGGCCAAACCCAGAGUGCCGGUGCCGGUGUCGGCUUGUAUGCGGUAGUUGCUAUCGGCGGUCUGCUUGCGUUCGGCGCCUACCAGUACCUGCAGCAACAGCAG